AUGGCCCGCGCCGCUACUGCCACCUCUUCCAACAACAGAGACGACCAAGAUAACUCACAGGCGCAGGACACAAAAGCCAGUAAGCGGCGCUGUGUCCAGUCGGCCUGUGUGCCCUGCCGGAAACGCAAGUCCAAAUGUGACGGUGGUACACCCGUGUGCGCGACUUGCACUGCCGUCUACAAGACUGAAUGUCAUUACGAUGCUGAGAGCGAGAGUCGUCGCACUAAGGCUACUCCGACGAUCGCAAACAAUACUGGGAUCAAGCGCGACGCCUCCCUUGUCGCCACCUCCAGCCCUGAGAAUACCUCGAGCGCCGAAUUUAUUGUCAAUUCGCUGAGACGUCUACCUGAGGAGCAUGUCCAAGAAUUUCUCAAUCAUAUUCGAAGAGACCCCAGCCUCGACAUCACCUCCCUAGCUGAAACAUGGCGCAAGAACGUGACGCUGACGCAGAGCGAGCCCGUCGACGUUCAGAGCCUCGAGUCAGAUCUUAGUGUACUGCUUGGGAAGCCAUCUGUUACAUCCACCGGCCAGAGCAGACACUUUGGACAUUCUGCAAGCCUAGGCCUGGUACCCGAAGAUGAGAAUUUCGGUGGCGGGCGGCUGCGUACCAACAGCGUGAAGCCAGAGCGUCAAGGGUCAACAUGGACCAACGUAACCGAUGACCUGGCUUUUGUUGAGACGCUGCUUGACCUCUAUUUCACCUGGAGUCAUCCCUUCUACGUGCUCUUCAGCCGAGAGUGCUUUUACAAGGACUUCAGAGCGGGACGCGACAAGUACUGCUGCUCUCUACUGGUCAAUGCUAUUUGCGCAUAUGCAUGUCAUCUCACAGAAGACCCUGCAGGUCGCACGGAUCCUGACAACUUCCGUACUGCAGGCGAUCACUUCUUUGCCGAGGCCAGGCGACUUCUGUUCGAAGAUGAAACCCCGAGCCUGACGACUGUUCAGGCGCUCUGCAUUAUGUCGAUGCGUGAGCCGAGUACAGGGAGAGAAAGUUCAGGCUUUUCCUACAUGGGAAGGUGUCUUCGUAUGUGUGUUGAGCUUGGUUUGCACUUGAACUAUGGCGCCAAUUCUGCGCUGGGCUUGACACCAAGUGAGAUCGAAGUGAGAAAGGUCACAUUCUGGGGCUGCUUCACUGUGGAUACAAUCUGGACGAUCGUUACUGGCCGCAUAUCUCAGCUCCCUCGAGCUGCCAUUACUCUCGAAAAGCCUAUGCUGGAAGAGACGUCUGACCUUCCUGAGGCUUAUCCCGCCCCCUCACAAAUCGCAGGAGGCGGAGUCGUAACCAUUCGCAUGUUCCUCCAGGAAUUCACAUCGCUCGUGGAGCUCGUCAAUGACAACAACCACAUGUUCUUUGCGCCAAAAGAGCGACUUACGAGCAGUAAAUUGCUUGAUUUUUAUCAUAAAUACCAAGCCUGGUAUAGAAAACUGCCAGCUUUGAUAAGCCUGGAAGGAAAGAAGGAACCCGAGCCACACAUCUUGGUACUACACAUGCUUUAUUGGACCAUCAUCGUGCACCUUUUCCGGCCUCUGCUCAAAGUCGAUCUUAUUCAUUCCGAUAUACGCCCCCGCGACAUCUGCGUAGAUGCGGCCAACAAAGUGUCUGAACUUGUCCGGAUCUACCGGCAGUUCUACGACUUUCGUCAAGCUCACCUGCUCAUACCACACGUAUUACUCACUGUCUGUGUUGUGCACUUGCUAUAUUCAAAGGAUAACAGCAUUUCUCGCCAAAACCUCAUCGAAGGCAUGCAGGGCCUAGACGAUCUUCACGAAUGUCAUUAUUUCGGGGCGAGGAGUUUCCGCGUCAUAUACACCCUUGCGAAGACGUGGAAGUUGCCCUUUCCUGAAGAAUUAGGCAACUCCUCGUUGAUACCGACAAGUGACCCCAACAAGCCCCAAGGAAUGCCUUUACCGACAUAUCAGUACUCGCAGCCCAUGUCGUCCGCACCCAACAUGUCCACGGCGAUGACAUCUCCAUCUACCGAUACGGCAGAAUCCAUGUUUUGGAACCCUAUUCCUGGAGUACCAGGACCGAUUCUGCCACGUCACACCUAUCAGCAAAUAAGUCCGAUGGGCCUGGAGAGUGUUCUCCACAACACAGACGUAGGCGAUCGUCUUGGUCGGGAUGGUUUCAAGAUCAGCGAGGACUGGCGAUCGAGCCAUAUCAACGGCUUCAAUCACAAUAUGGGAGGCAGUGUGUACGGCAACCCGCAUAGCCAGGCAGACACUGGGUAUGCGCACCGAGGGAGCUACGCGCAGCCGACAGAACAUGUGAGCUACCCACAAACGACACAUGAGGGGCACCACCAUACGCAAGAAGAGUACGACCCAGGAUGGUGGCAGAACACGAACGGAAACCAAGGACCGAUGAGUUGA